GAGAGGGGAAAAAGUGGGACGUAUUCUGCUUUUGCAAACGCUCGCCACGCGUAUAUUUUGACUUGGUCUACCAACUCGAACUUCAGAUGGUAGUGGUUCCUGCCUUUAGCUAGGAGCCAUGUGGUUCACACUGACGGUAGUUCUCUCGAUUCUCUCACUAACGGAAUUACCAAUACACUUUCACGCUGAGGGUUCUGCAAAACCUCAACGGCAAGAAUCACUGGGCUUUGGGGGCCAAAUGCGCCAAAUGGGGGUAAAUGCGUUUAAGAAAGUCGCCAAGGUAGGUAAACCUCGAAAGUCUCGAAGUUCAUCGAGAAGUUUCAAUGGUUCAGUCGGGAGUUUCACAGAUGAUGGAAGUCAAGUCGCCGAUGACGGUAGAUGGGGUAUAGACGCCUGCACGCACAAAAGACAAACACGACUUCAACGUUGCUUACUGCUUUUUCAAAGAAAUGAAAGAUCCAGGAAAAUAAAGCGUAAUUUUUCAAGAGCUGGUUCAUGGUUAGGAGUUAAGCUUGGUAUGGAAAAUAAGAAAGAAGAGAGGGAUAAAGCCAUUCGCAAAAGUGGGAAAGAGCUCGAAAAUAAACUCGUCGAUUUUUUGUUCCGAGAUGUCGACGAUCAUUCACUCUUCUCUGCAGAAGAUAACUACAGAAGAGAUGUUCGAGGUUACUUGCCAUCUGUUGCAAGGGAUCCGGAACCGGACACUCCGGACAGGUUCCAGAUGAAAGUGACUGACGAGUAUGAUUUUGAUACAACGGACCCGGACGCCAUCACCAAGUUCUGCAUUCUUCGGUGCUUGAAGAUUUACGGCUACUUUUUCGACUUAUACUUAGAGGACCCUACCGUCGGAUUCGUCACGGAAGGCGGCGAAGAUUUGAAGGGGAGGGGUAGGAUCAUCCCUAUAACUCGAGGUAUUGUACGGUUCAAUGGAGAGAUGAGGAACAGAGGAGGGUCCCCCCGAGGGUCGCCGCGAAAGCACAUCAGGACGGAAUCUUUUAAGAAACUCCGUUGUGAAUGCGAAAUUCGGAAUCAGUUCAUAGAAUUUGUCGACACUUGUGAGGCUGGUGGCAUUUUGGAUCAGUUCAGGGAGCUUAAGAAAACAUCUUCCCAGCAAGCAGUGGAUUAUUUGAAGAAAAACCUGGUCGUAUCAGGUAUAUACGAAUGGCUCCCACACCCGGAGGUACUAGGACUCCUCUAUCUGGAAAUGCGGAAACGCCAGGACCCAUUUCCUUUUGGAACGUAUCCCUACAAAAUAAGGAAUGCGGUUGUCACCGCUGUUGGAGUUCCGGACAACCGAUGGGAUCAUGAUAGAUGGUUUCAAGAGGGAACGGCUUGAAUAUCUAAAGCACCCAAUCGAAUGAAUCAAAAUAAUCGAAUAGGUAUUGGACCAUAGACAGGGACAGUGGCGGAUCCAGAGUGAGUUGGAGGGGGCAAUUUUCUGAUGUCGAAUGGGCGGUCCGGGGGGCGCUUCUCAGAGCGAGGAGGGUCCUCGAAAAAUUGUAUAAAAGUAGCCGUUCCCAGAUCGAAUUUUAAGCAGUUUUAGCAUAUGAUUUGUGCAUUAUUUAAAAGUAGAAAAUUGACGAAUAAUAUACCCUCUCUUUGCGUAACUUUA